GUUCCCGCGCCGCUCGGGGCCGAGCCCCCGCCGCAGCUAGACUGCGCCCUCCGCCGGGGCUGGCUCGCAGUUGCUGCCGGCCGCCGCCACCGAGAGAAGUUGGGGGGGCGUCCCACCGGACACUAGGACCCCGGGCUCGGGGGUCACCGUGAUCCCGCGGAAGCCUGCUCCCGGCGAGCCACCUCCUCAGGGGCUCCGCAUCGAUAACUAUUUAAAACAGUUUCUGCCACUUGAAGGAUUCCAAAGAGCAAGCGAGGAACAGGGUUUCCAGACCUGUAGAAUGGCUAAACAUUAACGGAAAGAGAAGCAUAGAUCUAUCUUCCAUUAUGGAGGCAGGUUUAGCAGACGGAGAACCAGACAGGACUUCGAUCAUGUCAUAUUCAGAAGUUGCUGCAGUUGAAGAGACACUGUUGUAGCAAACAGUGACGAACCUCAGCUUUUGACCCCAGGAAAGAUGAGUCAGCGCCAAGGGAAAGAGGCUUACCCAACACCAACUAAAGACCCGCACCAGCCAUCUCUCAGUCCCGCAAGUCCGCACAGCCAGGGUUUUGAAAGAGGAAAAGAAGAUAUUUCUCAAAAUAAAGAUGAUUCUUCACUUUCAAUGUCAAAGAGCAAGUCUGAAUCUAAACUUUACAAUGGCUCAGAAAAGGACAGUUCCAGUUCGAGCAAACUCACCAAGAAGGAGUCUCUCAAGGUACAAAAGAAAAAUUACCGUGAAGAGAAGAAGAGAGCCACGAAGGAGUUGCUCAGCACCAUCACAGACCCUUCUGUCAUUGUCAUGGCCGACUGGCUGAAGAUUCGUGGUACCCUAAAGAGCUGGACCAAGUUGUGGUGUGUGUUGAAACCUGGGGUGCUUCUGAUCUAUAAAACACAGAAAAAUGGCCAGUGGGUUGGAACAGUCCUUCUGAAUGCUUGUGAGAUUAUUGAACGUCCAUCAAAAAAGGAUGGCUUUUGUUUCAAGCUUUUCCAUCCUCUGGAACAGUCUAUUUGGGCAGUGAAGGGUCCAAAGGGUGAAGCAGUGGGAUCCAUAACUCAACCCUUACCUAGCAGUUACUUGAUUAUCCGAGCGACCUCAGAGUCAGAUGGAAGGUGCUGGAUGGAUGCCUUGGAGCUGGCUUUGAAAUGUUCUAGUCUUCUUAAACGCACAAUGAUCAGGGAAGGAAAGGAACAUGACCUCAGCAUUUCAUCAGAUAACACACAUGUGACCCUGUAUGGUUUACUGCGUGCGAACAAUCUCCACAGUGGCGACAACUUCCAGUUGAAUGAUAGUGAAAUUGAAAGGCAGCACUUUAAGGACCAAGAUAUGUAUUCUGAUAAAUCUGACAAAGAAAACGAUCAGGAACAUGACGAAUCUGACAAUGAGGUGAUGGGGAAAAGUGAGGAAAGCGAUACAGACACAUCAGAAAGGCAAGAUGACUCUUACAUUGAGCCUGAGCCCGUUGAGCCUCUGAAGGAGACCACCUACAUGGAGCAGAGCCACGAAGAGCUCGGCGAGGCAGGUGAGGCUUCUCAAACGGAAACUGUGUCUGAAGAAAACAAAAGCCUUAUCUGGACUCUGCUCAAACAAGUUCGUCCCGGCAUGGACCUGUCCAGGGUGGUUCUUCCUACGUUUAUUCUGGAGCCCCGGUCUUUCCUGGAUAAACUUUCAGAUUACUACUAUCAUGCAGAUUUCCUGUCUGAGGCUGCUCUCGAAGAAAAUCCAUAUUUCCGUUUGAAGAAAGUUGUAAAAUGGUAUUUGUCAGGGUUCUAUAAAAAGCCAAAGGGACUGAAGAAACCAUAUAAUCCUAUACUUGGUGAGACUUUCCGUUGUUUAUGGAUUCAUCCCAGAACAAACAGCAAAACGUUCUAUAUUGCUGAGCAGGUGUCCCAUCACCCACCAAUAUCCGCCUUUUAUGUCAGUAACCGAAAGGAUGGGUUUUGCCUUAGUGGUAGCAUCCUGGCGAAGUCCAAGUUUUAUGGAAACUCGCUGUCCGCGAUAUUAGAAGGAGAAGCACGGCUAACUUUCCUGAACAGAGGUGAAGAUUAUGUGAUGACGAUGCCGUAUGCUCAUUGUAAAGGAAUUCUUUAUGGCACAAUGACAUUGGAACUUGGUGGGACUGUCAAUAUUACCUGUCAAAAGACUGGAUACAGUGCAAUACUUGAAUUUAAGCUAAAGCCAUUUCUAGGAAGUAGUGAUUAUGUUAAUCAAAUAUCAGGGAAACUUAAAUUAGGAAAAGAAGUCCUAGCUACUUUGGAAGGCCAUUGGGAUAGUGAAGUUUUCAUUAAUGACAAAAAGACUGAUAAUUCAGAGAUUUUCUGGAAUCCAACACCUGACAUUAAACAGUGGAGAUUAAUAAGGCACACUGUGAAAUUUGAAGAACAGGAUGAUUUUGAAUCAGAGAAACUCUGGCAGCGAGUAACAAGAGCUAUAAAUGCCAAAGACCAAACAGAAGCUACUCAAGAGAAGUAUGUUUUGGAAGAAGCUCAAAGACAAGCUGCCAGAGAUCGGAAAACAAAAAAUGAAGAAUGGGCUUGUAAGUUAUUUGAACUUGAUCCACUCACAGGAGAAUGGCACUAUAAGUUUUCAGAUACCCGACCAUGGGACCCACUUAAUGAUAUGAUACAAUUUGAAAAAGAUGGUGUUAUCCAGACCAAAGUGAAACAUCGCACUCCAAUGGUUAGUGUUCCAAAAAUGAAGCAUAAACCAACAAGACAACAGAAGAAAGUGGCAAAGGGCUAUUCCUCCCCAGAGCCCGACAACCAGGACUCAUCUGGAAGUGAAGCUCAAUCUGUAAAGCCGAGUGCACGAAGAAAGAAGGGAAUAGACCUGGGAGACAUUCAGAGUUCCAUUGAGUCUAUAAAACAAACACAGGAGGAAAUUAAAAGAAAUAUUAUGGCUCUUCGAAAUCACUUACUUUCAAGUGCACCUGCUACGGAUUAUUUUCUGCAACAGAAAGACUACUUCGUCAUUUUCCUUCUGAUUUUGCUUCAAAUCAUAAUAAACUUUAUGUUUAAAUAGGAGUUCUCAACAGUUGACUCCGUGAACUGGAAAGAUCAGCCUGGGACCAGUUCUUAUUGGUUUGCUCUUUAGUAAAGCAUCACAACAUUUCUAAAUCAGACAGACAACUAGGAGAUAAAUGUAGACGUGUCCGCCUCCUUCUUAUAUCUUUUAUCCUUCACCCAAAACAAGAGCUGUUCUAUUUGAUCAUUAAAAUUGGCUUUGUGUUAAGUGCCAGAACACUUUUGUGAGACUGUGCCUACAUGUGUGUAUGCUAAACCCACAUGUGUACACAAGAACUCUUCCCUGACAGCAGUGUCUGUGCUCUGCCGGAUGUUAUGACAUAUUCUGAUACCAUUGUUCAUGACAAAAUGUCAUUAUAUUAUAAAUAUGUAUAGUCAACUGUUUUCUUCAGGAGACUGGCAUACAACUUUCAUUAAGGAAUUACAGUGGGAAAUGAUAGAUAUUUAAUAGACAUACUAUGACUAAUUCAGUACAUUAUACUGUUAAAACCAUCUCCAAGGUAUCUAGCUCGGUUGUCUUAGAAACACCAAGAAAAGUGUGAGUGGUAAGAAUUAAUAUAUCGUGAGAAACAAGUAGAAUGUUUUAAAGAGUUUACAGAAGAUUUUCUAACCCCUAGAACUUAAUGUUGCAGAUAUAGGUGUAUCGUACUUAUAUAUACACAUAUAUAUAUCAAUAUUAAAGAUCAGUAUGUAGCUACAUGGAUCUGUAUGUUACAAUCCCACCUUAAGCACUGGCUGACAGAUGAUCAAGUUUAUUUGCCAUCCUUUCCUGUUUUAAGUCAGCUGGUCUAGGAUGUCUUCCAGAUGUUAGUGUUUAUAGGCUAUGUGAAAUUUUGAUAAUUUAGCAUUUUCUUUAUGAAAAACAUUUUGGCAUUCACUUCGACACUAGAGUGCUCAAUGGGAAAGUAGAAGAGAAAAAUUCUAAUAUUUUACUUCUAAAGCCAAAAAAAAAGGCAGUAAGAAAAGACACUGCAGUGGCCUUUAUUUUAAAAACAUUGAAAUCAAUUUGCUUACGUGUGCAAUAAGUUGAGCAUUUGAGAAUAUCAAGUUAUGAAGUUUAUCAUCUCCUUCCAUCGUCCUGUGGCAAGCUAGUUCUGUACGAGUCCUUCUGUUCCUGCUCAGGCAGGUUUGUUACUAAGGGUUUUUGCCUGUUUCUUCAGUUCAAUAUUUUGGCUUUUUAUUAUUGUCAAAACCUGUUCUUUAAAAGGUAAUUAAGUUUUGGAACAUAUCAUGAAAUUUAGAUUUCUCUGAACUACAGGUUUCAGAAAGGUUUAUACAGUGAAAAGCUAAGAGCGGCUGUUGGCGUGGCUCCACCUGCCUUCGGCUAAGGAGCUACUGAGGUGCAGUCAGUCAGCUCUGUGUGAGGGAUACAAAGCCAGAGAUGGCCGGCACAGUGCUGAGACCAUAUGGAGCUGUCUUCAGUACCUGGGUUCCCAUGAAAAGCCAUCCCCACACGGUGUUAGCAAAACAACGCUGUAUUUCAUAUGAAAAUAGUUUAAACUUUUAACAGCUUAAACAAGCUAUACCUGUAUCCAGUAUUUCAUCCUUAUGGAGUUUUGGGUCAUAUUUCAUAUUUGUCAAUAUAUUUUUUGUAUUCAUAUUCUACUACCAAUAUUAUGCUCAACUGCCUAUUCAUUGAUGUGAUAUUUUGUAAAUAUUGUACAACUUGAUCUUUAUAUGAUUUUAAAUUAGUAUUAAUUUAUAUUAUAUAUAACUUAAUUGGUUGAUUGCUAAAAGUUGUUUCAUCGUUAAGCCCUGAAAUGUUCAAUUGUUGGUGACCUUAGGGCACUGUCUUACUCCUUUGUAUUGUUUCGUGUGGUUUGAACAGGGCUUUAUUUGUAUUGAUAUCUGAGACUGGAAAGGUAAUUGUUUUGUUUUUUUUAAUUUCACUUCAGAGCUGAUGUUAAUGGGUCCUUACCUAAGGAGUCAGAAACUAAUGAACAGGGUGACUGUUUCUUAUACACUGAAAGCUUAUGUUCAGUCGGAUGUUUCUCUGACGCUUUUAGUGGUAUGAGUUUCUUUCUGUGAACUGAACCCAAAACUCAGGAAUUGCUGGAUUCAUAUGUAAGUCCUUUAAAUAGUGUAUAAUUGACCUUGAGUUUAGCCAGACAGUGUGACUUGACUUUGAACAUUCUGACCUGAGGGUGAUCUCUCUUCAUAAGUGGAUUCAUAAUGUGUGACUCACCGUUCCAAACUGUCUGAAAACUACAUAUGGUUUCUCGGGUUUGUGACUCUAUGACCAGUUUUCUUCAUUUAUCUAAAACAUUAUCUUCUCACACGAAACUUUAGAUGAGAAGUAAUAAUUAUUGGCAUUUUCAUGUUUCAGUUGUUAAAUAUCUAGCUGUCCCCCAUUCAGUGAGAUGCUGCUGGCUGGAAAAGAGAGCAGUAGGCGCAUGGACCGCAGUGUGCUACAGCAGUAGACAGCAUGCAAUUCCUGUCGCUACUUUUCUUGUCUGACUUAGAAAGGCACAGUGGUAGUCUUUGUCACAGCUCAGCUGACAACUGCAUUCCACUGAAAAGUUGGCCUUGUAAGACACAAUCCUCAUUUACUAUUUCAUGCUUUUGUGCCUUUAAGGAAAUAUUUUUCUUAUUUUGUGUUACAGAACUUUAAUGUGUUCAAAGUGUUUUGUAGGCUUACUUGUCAUAAAAGGGUCAUUUCUCUGUCACUUUACUUCCUUUUAUAUAGCUGAAGAAUAUGUAAACAGUAACGCUGUACUUUUAUAAGGAUUUGUCUAGUUACCAAUUUCAAAUAUAUUCUUACUCAGACAUCACUAAAGUAAACCUGUCAGAUUAUUCUGAGUAUUGUAAACAGUGCCUUUUUGAUGGAAUUCACACUGUUUUGGGUGUCAACUCGUGCCAUAUUCACAGACUUGUGGAAGGCAGUUUUAACUUUUUGAAGAUUAUCUUCAUCAAAAUUUUAAGAGCAAGUGUAUAAAAUUUCAUCUUUUUCCAGUGUUUAGCAUUUCUAGUCAGCAGUAAAUAGUUUUGUUUUGCUUUUUUGUCUUAUGUACAAGGAUGAUGGCAUAAAAUGAGCCAUACAUGAGUCUGCAGAUUAUUUUGGAUUAUGUUAAAUAUACAUAAAGAAAAUAUUCAUGUUUAUAUCAAAUUUUCCAAUUUGACCUAUAGGGGGGAACCUCCCAUAAUUCAAUAAGUUUACAUUUCAAUCUCUUUCUUAUUUGACUAAGUGUAUAAAGAGAUUCCUUAAAAUGUAUAACCUGCCACCGCUGCAUAAUUUGGUUUCAUUUUGUUACAUAUUUUGUGGGUUUAGUAUAUCCACUUUUUGUUACAAUUAUGAUACUAUUUUGUUACAGUUUUUAAAUGAAGAUGGACUUUUAAAAUUGUACAGGACCAGUGUCUUAUUAAUAAGAUUAGCAUAUUUAGUGAGAGCCACAGGAAAACCUUGACGAAAAUGAAUGUGUCUAUACUCCAUGAGAUAUUUAGAAAAAUUAGCCUCUUCAUUUGUCAUGAAAACUGUUUCAAUACCAUAAUAUUGCAAUUCUUUAUUUGAAAGAAAUGCCAUGAAACAUUUGAAUGAUGAGCCACAGACCUUCGGUUGGAUUUACUUUCACUUUUUAGCAUGUUAAAUUUAAUUUUAAAUACAUCAGUUAAUGGCUGUUUUUAAAGUCAAGCACUACCACUGGUCAGUUUUGUAUGAUAGGCUAUAAGUGUGUUGUUACCUGCAGUGUAAGUAUAGCACACUGCUGAAUUCUCUUAAGGUGCAUAGUUAAUGUAUAGAUAGUCACAGGCGGUUUUGUAAUGUAUACAUUUCUAAUCUAUUAUUCCUAACCUGUUACGUUUGCAGAGAGAAAAGAAUUUUUCUACUGAUCUGUAAAAUUAUGUUAACUUCUACUAGUAGGUAUUCUAAAUAAACUUUUUAAAAGCAA